UAAUCUAUCCCCGAAUCCCCUCAUCACCUUCCGUCAUCCGAACUUCCAUUACAUAGUGCAUACCUUAAUCUCCACUACCACGAAUCUACCUCAAAAAUAAAAGACAAUAAUUCCUCCUACCAUAAUUAAGACACUAUGGACGAUAAAGUCGCUGAGAGUUUGGGUCGCUUGGAACUCGCCACACAAGGCCAUCAUCAGAUCAGUACAGAUGAACAAGAUGAUUCUCAUACGCCACCGUUCUUCCGUUUGCCGGCCGAGCUUCGUCUUAUGAUCUACCAACACGUCUUCGCCAACGAGAUUAUACAUGUGCAACCGAAGUCCACUGAUCCGCUUGGAGGCUCGUAUCUCCCUAAAUACCACGGAGUGCCGAGAUACCAGCAAGUUGUUUCUCUUCUGAUGACGUGUAGACACAUCAGAGGAGAAGCGACGCCCAGUUUCAACGAUUUGGUUGUAUUUGACUUGACGCUUUACUAUAACUGUAUGGCGGCCGCAUACGAACUCGGACCAGAGAUCUGCCGUGAAAUCAGAGCAAUCAAAGUAGAACCAAGGCUUGCAAAAAGAUUAGCUAUAGGACUCCAACAAGGUGCGCCACCCAGCACUAACUAUAGGCAUCUGUUGCCCUCUUUACAACGCGUGCAUAUCCAACAGACUUCUAUAUUUGGGCUACUUAUGGUGAGCCCUGAUAUGGCUGUGAGAGGAUUGCGACUGUAUUUUGGGUAUGGUGAUCUUGAGGUCAUUUUUACUAGGACGAUGUAGACUCUUCUGCAUGGUCGAACAUAUCACCGGACCCUGAACAAUAACGGUCGCCCAUCGCCUUCAUCCAGCUUCAGUUCACUCAAAGCUGAUGCCAAAAUCUAAACCUCCACAUUUUCACCGAAACAAGAUGCGCGUGUCAC